CUUGCAAGUUGCAACAUGGUGACCAACCAACCAUGGCUCCAACCACGAAUAAGAUAAAAAUUAAGCAAAGAAGAGAAAGCCCACACUUCGCUCUGUUUCAAGAUUCAACUCGUGGUUCAAGAAAUGGCCACUGAAACUCCAUUGCUAUUAGACACAAUUGAAAAGGCCGCAGACUACAAAGGCCGACCUGUCCUGAGAUCCAACUCUGGUGGUUGGAGGUCUGCAAGUUUCAUCAUAGGUGUGGAAGUGGCGGAGAGGUUUGCGUAUAAUGGGAUUGGCUGCAACCUGAUAAUGUAUUUGACUGAGCAGCUGGGUCAGUCAACAGCCACUGCAGCUGUGAACGUCAACACCUGGUCAGGAACUGCGUUGUUGCUUCCACUCUUGGGAGCCUUCAUAGCUGAUUCUUAUCUGGGCCGCUAUCGCACCAUUAUUAUUGCUUCUUGCAUUUACAUUCUGGGACUGGGCCUGCUGACUCUGUCAGUGCUUCCUUCUCUCAUCAAAUCUAAUCACAUGGACACCCUCAAAGUUAGAUUAUGUUCUUCUGAGCUCCAAGUGAUUUUAUUCUUCAUCUCUCUAUAUCUAGUAGCAGUUGGGCAAGGUGGAUACAAGCCUUGUGUACAAGCUUUUGGAGCCGAAAAGUUUGAUGGAGAAGAUCCAGUGGAAUGCAAAGCCAAAAGCUCAUUCUUCAAUUGGUGGUAUUUUGGUCUAUGUGCAGGUACUUUUGUAGCAAUGUUGAUCAUAAGCUAUGUACAAGACAACCUUAGUUGGGGUCUAGGAUUUGGAAUACCUUGUAUUGUGAUGAUCAUUGCCUUUGGUGUCUUCUUGCUUGGUACUAGAACUUAUCGAUAUAGUAUUAGUAUCAAAGAGGAGAAAAACCCAUUUGUAAGAAUUGGUCAGGUGUUUCUUGCUGCAAUUAAAAAUUGGCAGACUACACCAUCAGAAAUAGCAUUUGAAGAGGAGGCUUGCAGAACCCUGCGACACUAUGAUUCUGAGAAAUUCCAAUUCCUUAACAAAGCCUUGCACGGUAAGGUUUGUACUGUCAAUCAAGUUGAAGAAGCAAAGGCAGUUCUUCGGCUUGUUCCAAUCUGGGCUACUAGCUUGAUUUUUGCUAUUGUGACGGCACAGACUGCAACUUUUUUUACCAAGCAAGGUGCCACCCUUGACCGAACAAUUUUUCUUGGCUUUGAGAUACCAGCUGCCUCACUACAAUCCUAUAUUGGUUUGUCCACAGUUCUAUUCAUUCCCAUGUAUGACUGCAUUUUUGUUCCUAUAGCAAGAGUUUUCACUAGGAAACCAUCUGGGAUAACUAUGUUACAGAGAAUUGGAAUUGGGAUGCUUUUAUAUGCUAUUUGCAUUGUAGUUGCAGCUUUAGUUGAAAUAAAAAGGCUGAAAACUGCUAAGGAAUUUGGGCUGAUUGAUAUGCCACAUGUGACUAUACCAAUGAGUGUGUGGUGGCUUCUUCCUCAAUAUGUUCUGUCAGGCAUUGCUGAGGUUUUUCUCAUGAUUGGUCUUCAAGAAUUUUUCUAUGAUCAAGUUCCAAUUGAAUUAAGGAGCAUGGGUCUCGCUCUUUAUCUCAGCAUUUUUGGGGUUGGAAGUUUUUUAAGCAGCUUUCUUGUCUUUGUCAUUGAGGAAGCUACUAGUGGAUUUGGCAUAGAUAGUUGGUGUGCUGAUAAUCUUAAUCGGGCACAUCUUGACUAUUUUUAUUGGCUACUUGCAAGACUCUGUGCAAUUGCAUUCACUGCCUACUUGCAUUUUGCAAAAUCUUAUAUUUAUAAUAGACAAAGUACAAUUUAAGUACGAUAUAUAAGUAAAUUGUUGUAAACUACAAAAAAUUAUUAAGUGUUCAAGAGUACAAAGAUGUGGU